GAUGCCAUGAAAGGACCACGAGAGGAGCUGAUGUACGUGCUCUGCGUCUUAACCAAGACGGGAACCCAAAUGCCCGAUUAUCUCGCCACGGUGGAUGUGGAUCCCAAAUCUCCCACUUAUUGCCAAGUUAUUCACCGGCUGCAAAUGCCCUACAUUAAUGAUGAGCUUCACUUCAUGAGCUGGAACACUUGCAGCAACCCCUUGGGAGACACCACCAAGAAACGCAACCGGUUGGUCAUUCCGUGUUUCAACUCUUCACGGAUUUAUGUGGUGGACACCGGGACUGACCCGCAGGCUCCCUGCCUGUUUAAGGUGAUUGAACCCAGAGAGGUCUUCUGUAAAACCAAACUGGCUACAAUACUCGCCCCACACUGUCUGGGCAGCGGAGAAGUCAUGAUAAGCUCCCUAGGGGAUCUAUUGGGCAAUGGAAAAGGUGCGUUUGUUCUUGUGGAUACGGAAACAUGGGAAGUGAAGGGUACCUGGAACCGCCCUGGGGAUGAGGCUCCACUCGGAUUUGACUUCUGGUUCAAACCAAGGCAUAACGUUUUAUUCAGUACUGAAGCGGCGAUCCCCAAAUUUCUUGUAGACGGGUUCAAACCUGAAUUUCUGGGGAAAGACUACUAUGGCCGCCGCCUGAAUGUGUGGGACUGGACCACCCACUGCCUCGUUGAGUCCAUUGACAUGGGGGAGGACACUGUCCCCAUGGCAGUCCGCUUCCUGCAUAACCCAGAUUCCUCACACGGCUUUGUCAGCUGUUCCUUUGAUGGCUCCAUACAUCAUAUUUACAAGGAGGAGGACGGGACAUGGAGCACAGAGAAGGUAAUUCAGAUUCCAGACAAGACGGUCACUGGGUGGUACUUACCCGAAAUGCCAGCGUACACCACUUACUUAAUUAUUUCAUUGGAUGACCGUUUCCUGUACCUGAGCAACUGGUUUCAUGGCGACAUUCGACAGUAUGACAUCACCGAUCCCCACUGCCCUCGGCUAUUGGGCCAGGUGUUUGUAGGAGGCAGCAUCUACAAAGGUGGGGUGGUGACUGUGAUGAAGGAUGAAGAGCUCGACUGCCAGCCAGAUCUCCUCGUGAUCCAGGGAAGGAAAGUAUAUGGGGGACCCCAAAUGCUCCAGCUCAGCUUGGAUGGAAAAAGGCUUUAUGUUACCAAUAGUCUCUACACACAGUGGGAUGAGCAAUUUUAUCCCCAACAACAAAGGGAUGGGUCAGUCAUGCUCCAGAUCGACGUGGACACAAAGAAGGGGGGUCUCUGUGUGAAUCCAGAUUUUCUGGUGGAUUUCGGGAAGGAGCCGUGGGGUCCUGCCCAUGCACAUGAAAUGAGCUACCCGGGAGACUGUACUUCGGACAUCUGGGUCUGAGUCCUUCCUCUGAGCCUCCCCGCUUGCUAAGUUAGCAUUUAGGGGGCAGGGAACUGAAGCAGAGAGCAACUCAAAACCAGAGGGUUGGUUGGUAGU